UCUAAAAUACGGGAUUGUAGUGUAAAACAAUUUAAAGUUCAUAUCUCCUUUUAUCUCUCCAACGGAAUUUGAUCCUCUCUUUUUAAUUUCCUUUUUUUUUUUUUUUGUGGAUAUAGAGCAUUCUUAUCCUAAGAUAAAGAGAGAAUCAGAGGAAUCUGGUCAAGUGAGUCAACAUUAGAGGGGAGUGAGUGGUAGAGUAAGAGACAGUAAGGAAGGAGAAGCAGCAGCAGCGGCAGCCAAUAUGGGGAAGAAGGAUGGUGGUGAUUGUGAUCAUGGUACAAUAGUGAUGAUUGUGAUGUUGUUGAUAAUGGCAAUGGGUUUAUCGUUUGCUUCUUCAGCUUCAGCUGCAGCAGCUUCUUCGCAACUCAGACGAAAUCUGCUUGCCAACGGACUUGGACUCACUCCUCCCAUGGGGUGGAAUAGUUGGAAUCACUUCAACUGCAAAAUCGAUGAGAAAAUCAUCAAAGCAACCGCUGAUGCACUGGUUUCCACUGGUCUCUCUAAACUUGGAUAUACCUAUGUUAACAUAGAUGAUUGCUGGGCCGAAAUUGCUCGUGAUCACAAGCGCAAUCUAGUGCCCAAGAAAUCAACAUUUCCAUCAGGCAUUAAAGCUCUUGCGGAUUAUGUUCACAGCAAGGGUCUUAAGCUAGGAAUUUACUCAGAUGCAGGGUACUUCACUUGCAGCAAAACCAUGCCUGGUUCACUUGGCCACGAAGAGCAAGAUGCCAAAACAUUUGCUGCCUGGGGAAUUGAUUAUUUGAAGUAUGAUAACUGUAAUAAUGAUGACUCCAAGCCAACUGUUAGGUACCCUGUAAUGACCCGAGCUCUGAUGAAAUCAGGUCCCAUAUUCUUUUCGCUUUGUGAAUGGGGAGAUUUGCACCCUGCUCAAUGGGGUGCUAAAGUAGGAAAUAGCUGGAGAACUACUAAUGACAUUUCUGAUACAUGGGAAAGUAUGAUCUCUAGAGCUGACGUGAAUGAAGUUUAUGCUGAAUUUGCCAGACCUGGUGGCUGGAAUGAUCCUGACAUGUUAGAAGUGGGGAAUGGAGGAAUGACAAAAGAUGAAUAUGUAGUCCAUUUUAGCGUAUGGGCCAUUUCUAAGGCUCCCCUUCUUCUUGGCUGCGAUGUGAGGAAUAUCACAAAAGAGAACAUGGAGAUCAUUGCAAAUAAAGAGGUUAUCUCUGUAAACCAAGAUCCACUUGGUGUCCAAGCUAAAAAGGUCAGAUCAGAAGGGGAUCUGGAGAUUUGGGCGGGGCCCCUUUCAGGAUACAGAGUAGCUCUACUCCUUGUCAACCGAGGCCCUUGGCGAACUGCAGUCACAGCUCACUGGGAUGACAUUGAGAUCCCCACAAACACUGUUGUUGAAGCAAGAGACCUCUGGGAGCACAAGACAUUGAAGGCACAAUUUGUCGGAAACUUGACAGCCACUGUGGACUCUCAUGCAUGCAAAAUGUAUGUUUUGAAGCCAGAGUCUUAACCAUGUAUGAGUUGAGUUCUGUUGAAUCAGAAUGUUCAUGGUGUUGAUGAGAGGUCUCUGAGGUCUCUCUCAUUAAUGUUUGUCGCAUUCAUGGUUUACAAUCUACGAGCUGUUCCUAUUUACCAUUUGACCAAAACUUGACUUCCAAUUAAUAACAAUCUGGAGGAAGCAAAUUAGUUCCUCUUCUCCGCUGA